UCCUCUGUAAGAAAGGACCACUUUCGUCUUUUUCCCUUUUGUUUCUAGGUUGGUGUUGCAGUUACAUUCCUUAUUUCACCCGAAUCCAGUGCUCCUGCCAGGCGCCUGGUCCGUCAGUUAAUCCUGUGGGAUGGCUGCCAUCAACCCGUGGGCCUCCUGGGGUGUCCUUACGGACCAGUCCUGGGGGAUGGCAGCUGUUGACCCAUGGGCCUCCUGGGGUGGUGAGUCAAGAACCUGUAUCCCCAUUGGCCUUACUGGCUGCCAUGUUGUGGCCUCUCCCAGCAGUGACCUGCCGUGGCCAGGGAUCCGACCUGGGGAGCCAGCUCUGUGUCCUCAGGACUCUGCCUGGCAUGCGGACGAGACCCCGGAGGAGGGGAGGCGGGCCGCCGUGCUCCCAGCAGCCCGGGUCCAGGAGCCUGUGACCUUCCGGGACGUGGCUGUGGACUUCACGCAGGAGGAGUGGGGGCAGCUGGGCCCCGCCCAGAGGACGCUGUACCGGGACGUGAUGCUGGAGACCUUCGGGCACCUGCUGUCUGUGGGACCUGAGCUUCCCAAACCCGAAGUCAUCUCCCAGCUGGAGCAAGGGGCUGAGCUGUGGGUGGCGGAGAGAGGGAUCGCCCGGGGCAGCCGUGCAGAAAUGAUGAAAAAUCUCGAAAACAAAGCGUUAAUCCCAACACAGAGCAUCUUUGAGGAAGAACAGUCCCACAGCAUGAAGUUGGAACGAUACGUGUGGGAUGAUCCUUGGUUCUCCAGGUUAGAGAUUUUGGGAUGUAAAGACCAAGUAGAAAUGUACCACAUGAAUCAGAGUACAGCCAUGAGGCAGAUGGUCUUCAUGCAAAAGCAAGUACUGUCUCAAAGAGGCACUGAGUUCUGUGAACUUGGGGCAGACUGUAGCCAGAGCUUAAACUUUGUUCCAUCUCAGAGAGUUUCGCAAAUUGAACGUUUCUAUAAGCCUAAUAUAGAUGCUGAAAGUUGGAGAUGUAACUCAGCCAUAAUGUAUGCAGAUAAGAUUACCUGUGACAAUAACGAUUAUGACAAAGCCUUCUACCAGUCCAUGCAGCCUAUUCACCCUGCCAGGGUGCAUACGGGAGAUAAUCUUUUCAAAUGUACUGAUGCUGUUAAAUCUUUCAAUCACGUACUACAGUUUGGCGAUCAUAAGGAAAUGCAUACAGGAGGACAACUCUAUGAAUAUAAGGAAUGCCAUCAAAUCUUUAACCAGAGCCCAUCUUUUAAUGAAUAUCCAAGACCUCAUAUUGGCGAAAACCAGUAUGGUUACAAAGAAUAUGAGAAUAUCUUCUAUUUCUCAUCCUUUAUGGAGCAUCAAAAAAUUGGUACUGUAGAGAAAGCUUAUAAAUACAAUGAAUGGGAGAAAGUCUUUGGGUAUGACUCAUUCCUCACUCAACAUACGAGCACUUACACUGCAGAGAAACCCUAUGAAUACAAUGAAUGUGGGACAUCUUUCAUCUGGAGCUCUUACCUUAUCCAACAUAAGAAAACUCACACCGGAGAGAAACCCUAUGAAUGUGAUAAAUGUGGAAAAGUUUUUAGGAAUCGUUCAGCCCUUACGAAACAUGAACGGACUCACACUGGAAUAAAACCCUACGAAUGUAAUAAAUGUGGAAAAGCCUUCAGCUGGAAUUCUCAUCUUAUUGUGCACACGAGAAUUCAUACAGGAGAGAAACCUUACGUAUGUAACGAAUGUGGGAAGUCUUUCAACUGGAACUCCCAUCUUAUUGGACAUCAGAGAACUCAUACUGGAGAGAAACCUUUUGAAUGUACGGAGUGUGGGAAAUCUUUCAGCUGGAGCUCCCAUCUUAUCGCUCACAUGAGAAUGCAUACUGGAGAGAAGCCCUUUAAAUGUGAUGAAUGUGAAAAAGCUUUUAGGGAUUACUCAGCCCUUAGUAAACAUGAAAGAACUCACUCUGGAGCAAAACCAUAUAAAUGUACCGAAUGUGGAAAAUCCUUCAGCUGGAGCUCCCACCUCAUUGCCCAUCAGAGAACUCACACGGGAGAGAAACCCUAUAACUGUCAGGAGUGUGGCAAAGCAUUCAGAGAACGCUCAGCCCUCACCAAACAUGAAAUUAUUCAUUCUGGAAUUAAGCCCUAUGAAUGUAAUAAAUGUGGAAAAUCCUGCAGCCAGAUGGCUCAUCUUGUUAGACAUCAAAGGACUCACACUGGAGAAAAGCCCUAUGAAUGCAAUAAAUGUGGUAAAUCCUUCAGCCAGAGCUGUCACCUCGUUGCUCAUCGGAGAAUUCACACUGGUGAGAAGCCGUAUAAGUGUAAUCAGUGUGAAAGAUCCUUUAACUGUAGCUCUCACCUUAUUGCACACCGGAGAACUCACACCGGAGAGAAACCGUAUAGAUGUAACGAAUGUGGGAAAGCGUUCAAUGAGAGUUCUUCUCUUAUUGUACAUCUGCGAAACCACACUGGAGAAAAACCCUACAAAUGUAACCAUUGUGAGAAGGCUUUCUGUAAGAAUUCUUCUCUUAUCAUUCAUCAGAGAAUGCACAGCGGAGAGAAACGCUUUAUAUGCAACGACUGUGGAAAAGCCUAUAGUGGUCACUCAGCGCUGCUUCAACACCGGAGGAGUCACGGCGAAGAGAAACUCUGUGAAUUGAACUGACGAGAGAUUUUCUUUUAUUGUACAUUUGAUAACACACUGAGAAAACCCUACAAGUAUAAUUAAGAAGAGAAAUUUUGUAAGAGUUCAAUGAGACUUCUCCCCUUAUUACUCGAUAGAAAAUAUCUUCUUGGAAGAAACCUUUGAGUGAAAAGCAUAGAGGAAAGCUUAGCAGUUAUGUAGCCGUUAUUUAACCUCAGAUAAUUACAGUAAAAAAAAAAAAAAUCCUCCAAACUCCUCUCCUGGUCCACCAGGAAUCUUAACUUGAGGAACUUGAGUGUGGGAAGUGAGACAUUUUUUCAUAAGAGAUCUCCACUGUUCAUGGAUUAGAGUGCACUGUUGUGGGGAAAAGCUUAUGCUAGGAAAAGGGUUUCAGAUGGAAAUAACACUGUUUUGCCUCAAGCUGGAGUAUUAGGUGUGAAGCUUUACGAUAACAUUUUGUGAAUAAUUGUGGAGAUAUAGGUUUUGCUAUUAUAAGGGGAGGUCUGGGUGCCCUUUAGGGACUAGAAUGUGUAAUACUAAAUCUGAAUUUAAGAAAAAAAUAGUACUGAAUGAGAUAUUUACUGUUGAUCACGAUUAACCUUAGAAAAGAUUAGUAAAUGAAAUUGCCGAUGGUGGGAAGGUUGUUACCCAGAAGUAUGAGACCGAUGUUGUUGGAACAAAUGGUGAUGCUUAAUAACCCCAUGUGUCGGUGCCCGUGGUUUAUCCAUUACUGCAUUUUUGGACAUUAGUUUGUAAUUCGUUUUAGGCAGGAGGCAUUGUAAGUUGUCAUUAUGGACACUGUGUCAAUACAUAUAAUCUGAAUGAAUAAGAAGGACACAGAGUCGUAUAUACAUAUUUACUAUAACACCUAGAAAAAAAUGUGUGUGGAUAAGGACUGAAAGAUCCAGGGAGAAAUUAACCCAGUUAAUUUUUUAAAAAAUUUAAGGUUUUACAAACACAGCACUUACCAUGUGCUAGGCUUCAUUUUAAAUGCUUUUUUCAGAUAUUAACUUGUUCAGUCCCUUUAUUUCUGUGAGAUAGGUACUAUUAUUAUACCAGUUUUACAGAUGGAGACAUUGAGGCAGAGAUGUUUAGAAACCUACCUAAGAACACAUAACCAACAAGGAGUGGCACUGAGAUUGUUUGGCUGCAGAGUUCAUGUUUUUAACCACUAUGUUAUAUUGUCUCUCCAGCGAUUUCCUUCCCCUAAUGUUUAGGGUUUUUAUUUUGUUCAGUGUUUCUAUAGUAGAUAUUUGAUAAUAAAAACCAAGAGAUUCCUAAA